AUAAACAUAUGUACAUACAUUGAAAAUAAUAUAAAUUUAAUGCUGCGUCGCACAAUGGCCGAAUUCGAUAUAAAAGCCGGACUUCAACAUGUGCUGAAUCAAAUGGAGUUGGCGCUACAGAAACGCCCAAAAGAAAUCAACGGACCAAAGCCACUUUUACUAGCCGUUAGCAAAACAAAGCCGGCUGAAUGCAUUAUCGAAGCCUACAAUGCGGGACAACGCCACUUUGGGGAGAAUUACGUUCAGGAAUUAGUGGAGAAGAGUCAGCAUCCUGAUAUUUUAGCUCAAUGCCCGGAAAUCAAGUGGCAUUUGAUUGGACACUUGCAGAGUAACAAAAUCAACAAAGUGCUUAAACUGCCCAAUCUUCACAUGAUACAAACUGUUGACAGCGAGAAGUUGGCUAAUAGUCUCGAUGCCGCCUGGUCCAAGUUACAGCCAGAGGCUAAGGAGCCAUUGCGUGUUCUCAUACAGAUCAACACCAGUCAAGAGGAUGUGAAGAGCGGAAUUGAUGCUGAAGCAGCCCCAUCACUAUAUCAAUACAUCAGGACAAAUCUGAAGAAUCUACAGGCUGUAGGCGUAAUGACCAUUGGAGCCUAUGGUUUUGAUUAUAGUAAGGGACCCAAUCCAGACUUUAUCUCACUGAUGAAGGUUCACAGCACCAUUUGUCAGGCCAACAAUUUGACUGGCGAAGAAGUUGCAGUCUCAAUGGGAAUGUCCAACGACUAUGACAGAGCGAUCGAAAUGGGCAGUACUAUAGUGCGCGUUGGCACAUCUAUUUUUGGAUAUCGCGCCGCCAAGGCAUAAGCCCAAGGCAAUCGGAGGCCUGCUAAACUGAGUAAAUUGUUAAAGAGGAAUGUGUUAAAAGCGCUCUCGUCGUGGGAUGUUUCUGUAGAUGUAGAUCUAAAUUUCUAGCACAGCAUUUAAUGCCUAUGCUUAAUACAGUUGCUUCCCAAUGACGCCUAUGGCGACUAAUAAGCUAACAUAGCGUAUCUAUCUGGCUAGAAUACGUUAUUGAAAGAGAGAAAAAAAAAACAAAUGAAAUUCUUCCAUGUAUGUACGUUUAUGUACCAUAACUUGCUGUAUAUAAGAUCAGUUUUAUAUAUGUAUAUAAUAUCAAAUAUAUAUGUAUAUAUUUAUGUUUGUAGAGUUGUAUGCAUUGAAAAUGAUUUGGCUCUUAUAUUUAGACUAUCUACAGAUAAACAAAUACUAUGCGUAGGCUGUGUUUUCUUUACCACAUUCGUUCAUAUUAUGUAGCUGUAAUAUUGUUUAUAUUGUUAUUGAAAUUAAAAAUAAAUGUAUAUGCUACUUGUAAAAGGAAGGCAUUUAU